UGCAAAUUUGCCUAGAAUCAGUGAAACUGAAGGAUAACUUCAUUGACAGGAGCAUGGCAGCACUUGCUGAUUUUCACUGUGAGAAGAACAACCGGCAGCACAGGACCGAUGAGAUCACCACCGAGCGACUGAUCAUCAGGAGAGGACAAACCUUCCAAAUCUCUGUGCAUGCGAACAAGGAUGAAAGUAUCAUAGACCACAACAAUGUUUUGUUCACUGCUGAGACAGGGCCAAAACCUGUAGAAGUAUCUGGAACAAAAGCCGUGUUUCAGAUAAGUUCAAUUAAUCCAAGACAGUGGAGUGGAGCCAUUGUUUCCAACACUGGAACCAUGUUGGUCCUAACUGUAUUCCCACCACCAAGUGCCAAGAUUGGACGAUAUACUUUAGUACUCCUGAGGCCUAAAGGAUCUCAGAUGAUGAGGUACAAACUAGGAGAGUUCAUACUACUUUUCAACCCGUGGUGUAAAGAGGAUGAAGUCUUUCUGGAUAGUGAGGAACAACGAACAGAAUAUGUGCUAAAUGAAGACGGAAUCAUCUACAAUGGCAGUUGUUACCAGAUUGAUGGUCGCUCAUGGUACUUUGGACAGUUUGAAGAAAAUAUUGUGGAUAUCUGCCUUAUGAUAUUGGAUAAAAACAUCAAAUGCCAGCAAAAUCCAGCAAAGGAUUAUAUACGCAGAAAUGAUCCCGUUUAUAUCAGUAGAGUUGUGACAGCUAUGAUAAAUUCUGCUGAUGACAAAGGGGUACUUACUGGCAAAUGGAGUGAGCCAUAUACUGGAGGGGUGUACCCUUGGUCAUGGAAUGGAAGUGUUGCAAUUCUCCAUCAGUGGUAUAAGAAAGGCCGUUGGCCAGUUCACUACGGACAGUGUUGGGUGUUUGCAGCAGUGGCCUGCACAGUUUUGAGAUGCCUGGGAAUUCCUUCUCGUGUUGUCACAAACUUUAACUCUGCUCACGACACAAACGGUAACUUAACUAUCGAGGAAGUAAUAGGGGAAUCUGGAAAACUGCUUAGUGAACAAAUAUGGAACUUCCACGUCUGGGUGGAGAGUUGGAUGGCACGAAAUGACCUAAAGCCAGGUUAUGAUGGAUGGCAGGCUCUGGACCCAACUCCGCAGGAGAAGAGUGAAGGAAUUUACUGCUGUGGACCUGCCCCAGUGAAAGCAAUCCAAGAUGGGUCAGUGGAGAUGAAGUAUGAUGUCCCUUUUGUUUUUGCGGAGGUCAAUGCAGAUGUGGUAACAUGGUUAAGACUCAGGGAUGGCAGAAAAGUAAAGACAGAUGUUGAUACUCAACGUGUGGGCAAAUGUAUCAGCACCAAGAGCUGUGGCAGUAAUGAUCGUGAAGACAUCACACGCAAUUACAAGCAUCCCGAGGGGUCUCGAAAAGAAAGAGAAAUAUUUGAUGAAGCCCUAUUCAGAAAUAAACUGGAACCUGCACAAGAAGUGAAAUUCCUUGUGCAACUGAAAGCUGAUGCCUCAGUAAACCAUGGAUCUGAUAUUCAUGCCGUUGCGAACAUCUCCAAUCACAGUUUAGAGAGGAGGAUUUGCAACGUUCAGCUUAACGCCCAAAUACUGAAAUAUAGCGGACAACCUGUGAAACAAGUUAUGGCUCAGAGUGUGAACAAAGUUGUAGUUGAUAAGAAUGAAGUUAAAACAGUGCCUCUAGACAUACCUUUCAGAGAUUUUUGCAACUAUCUGGAAAAUCAUCAACUGAUCAAGCUGAUUGCUGUGGUAGCUGAUGCAAGAACAAAUGAAAAUGCAAUGGCAAUGAAAGACGUUACUGUGGUCAAACCUGCUGUCGUCGUAAAUAUACCGGGGAAUGCCAUUCUGAAGCAUCAGCAGACUGCAGAAAUCACUUUUCAGAAUCCACUGUCAGAGCCACUCUUUGAUUGUGUCUUCACGGUAGAAGGAGUAGGACUAAUUGAUGGAAUGCAAAAAAUCAGAGCAAGAGAAGGAAGUGCAUUUCUGAUGUCUUCGCAGCAACCAUUCUCUCCACCCCCGCCACCCCCCGCCAACAUAAUCUGCAGAUUCCUGAGACAGAUAAUUCACAAAACCACUGAUGUAGGAAGAGCAUCAGGGAACACGAUUUACAUCUGCAGUUAGCCAUUAUACAGAUGGGGCCUCAUUUCCAGCAAACCUUAGGCUUCUAUAUUUAGGCAUGUAUGGUGGUUCCCCUGUCCACUCAUUGCCAUUUUUGAAAUUGGACUAUUCGUUAGUACACUAUUCAAAUCUGUGUACAUUUUAAAUUUAUAUCCAUUAAAUAUUUCCACAUUAAGAUUUUCACCGUCUGGAUAUUUUUAUCACUGCUUUGCUUUCAUUGCACAUGAAAGGUACUGUUACUGCUAAAGGAUAGUAUAAAAAAACAUUACUAUUGUUGAUUAGAGAUCAUUAAUUUAAAAUUGCAUUUCUCUGCCCUCAAAUCUGACCUCACUUGCAGAGAAUUCUCAACAUUUUGUGAUUACAUUAGGAAUCUAGCAAGCACUGUAUUUUCCUUUCAGUUAUUGAUUUUCAGAGUACUGACAACUAUAUAAUUUGUAUUCAACUAAUGAAGAAAAUAAACUCUUGUGAGUUAAUUCUAAGCAUGUUUGGACUGGGCUCUAAUAACUAUAUUAACGAUAUAAUUGAAUUAAUCAAUAAUAUGGGCAUAAAGAUUUGCAUUUGCAACAAACUUGCAUUUGAAUGGUGGAGCAGUCUUGAUGGGCCGAAUGGCCGC